AUGGCGGUACUCAAGGGCGUUGUCAUCGCGUCGGUCGGCGAUAUCAAGGAUCAUUCCGGCAAGCAUAUAAGCAACGAGCAGCUGAAGAAGUGGGUCGUGAACAACAAAGGACGUUGGGCUCCAGAGGUUGUCCAAGGAACUACGCACUUGAUCAGUUCCAAAGAUGCUUACAAGAAAGAUGCCAAAGCAGUGCAAAAGGCGAAGGCACUCCGGAUAUUCGUCGUCAACUACGACUGGCUCGAGGACUCCCUGCAGAAAGGCCGGAAGGUCGCCGAGCGCAAGUACAUCUGGGGACAAGUUCGAGCUGAGCGCAAGCAACAGAAGCUUCUGAAGAGACUGGGUCCGCAAGCAGAUUCAAUGAAGUUCAACACAGGAUGCGAGCUCGCGAAACAGGAUGUUGGUUCUGGUACGUCUCGCAAGCGUUCCAGUGGCUUCUUUUCCAGUGCUCUCGACGAUCUUAGAAGGAAGAGGGAGGCGAGAGAGGCCGAAGAGAACGCGAAGAAAGCUCAGGCUGCGAAUACACUACCGAACCGCGAGCUCACACCUGCAACCAAGGAAGGCUCAGAGCAUCACAUGCCACCGGCCAAAGCGCGCUUGGCAUCAGAAUCAACUGUAGCUGCUCUAGAAUCUCCAGCCAGACAGCAACAUAAGCCUGAAGAUGGUGUCACCUCCAAUGAGGAAGUUGAGGACGCAUCUGCUACAGACAACACACCAAAGCCCUCCCCCUUCCCGCCCGGCCUCAGAUACACGCCUCCCUCUUCUUCUGCGGCUUCACACUUGCCUAGGCCUUCUACAACGCCUGAUACUGCUGUUCAGCCUGUUGAGACCAAAACCGCUAAUCCCAAGCUCGAAGACCUCUACCACAUCUACCUCGAUGCGAAGGGCUUCGAAUACAAGCUCAUCCUCCUGCGCUCGAACCCCUACCUCAACAACUUCGCUCGCUACGACCUGCGCAUGUACGAGUCGCACACCGUGCCGCACGUCUACUGCACAGUCGCUCGGUACAUCCCACCUGGUGGAGUCAAACCAGCAGCAGCAGCAUCCACGCCCCAGACCAACGCUCAAGCACCCGCAACGCCCUCGCCACCGUCCACUCAGCCAGUCCAGGCCAUGCACCCCACAGCGGCACACCUCCACGCCCUCAUCACACCGCCCCUACCAUCCCCAUCCGCCCCCUACCGCACCGCCAUCGCCCCGCCAAACUCGGACUUCCCCACCGCCUUCCGCGCCCUCCGCCACGCCUUCCGCGACCUCACCCUCCUCUCCUGGCUCGAGCGCCUCUCCGACCCCUCCCUCCAGCGCCUCCGCGCACAAGCCUUCUGCAUCGAGCCCUUUGUGUGGCGUCGUCCCGCGGAGGGUCUGCCCACAGGCUUCGAGCCCCCCGCGUUCGCGCCGCUGGAGGGGCAGGCGGAUGUGCAGCUCGAGGGGUACACGCGGAAUGCGUGGGGGUUGCCGGCGCUGGAUGAGCCGCUUGGGGAGGGGGGCGCGAUUGGGAUUGCGCUUGUGAGGGAGGCGGAGGAGGCGAGGCGCAGAGAAGAGGAGACGACGAAGAUGGAAGAGAAGAGGGCGGCGCUGGAGAGGACCAGGGCGAAGAAGGCCGGCCGCAUGGCGCAGACGGCGAUCAAGCCGCAGUAUUAUGAGCCGCAGAAGAGGUUCGACAAGCGGUUUGACUACUGAGCGGCGAGGAGUAGGGCUUGGGCAGAGGGCAGA